AUGACGGCAGCGGCGGCUUCGCAGAGCUCUGGGGGCUUGCGGGCGGUGCUCACCGAGGUUCCAAGGCACCGUUCUCCCAGCGUGCAGUGGGCGAGCAGCUCGCUGUCUCGCAAGGCCAGGAAGGAGAAGAAGGAGAAGAAGAAGGAGAAGAAGGAGUCGGCUGAGGAGGCUGCGCUCGACGCCGAGGGAACCGCGGGAGCCUCCCUUGGAGUGGCGGGGUGCAGCGCCAACCGCGGGGUGGCAGCCGGCUGUGGCGUGAGUGAGGCGGACAUCUACCUGGUGAAAGACAGCAACUUCGAGGUCAACCACAUCAAGGCCGUGUCUGCGACGGAGCUCAGCUACGGCAUCAAGGCUAGCUCGGGCCGCACGGAGUGGCACGACAUGGUCGACAGCGGCGAGGAGGAGGAGGAGCCUCCCGAAGCUGGCGGCUACGAGGAGAUGAUGGACAACCUGGACUUAAUGGGCCUGCUGCCGCCCGUCCCGAGCUUCCCAGUGCUCGUCGAUGAAGGCGGCAACUUCGAGAAGAAGCUGGAGCCCAUCCCGUGCUUUCCCGUGCUGGACGUCUGGGAGCGGAUCUACAAGGAGAACUUGGAUGCGUUCGUCAAGGCCGAGAAGGCGGAGGUUGAGCGGAGACUUGCGACGGAUUCCGUCGUUGGGGUCCUCGUGGGAAAGGGGCGUCACCUGCAGGAGGAGGAGAUGAGCGGCUUCCUGCAGCAGAAUGUGAUUGCCAAGAUCGACGACAUGGAGAAGGCUCCGGAGACUGACGUGGAGAAGAACCAUGGGCCGAACACCAUGGAUGACCAGAAGGAGAAGUUCUUGGCGCUUGUAGAGCUUGGCCUGGAGCUGAUGCAGAAUGGCGCUAGGGACGACAAGAUCAAAUGGAAGAACGAGGCCAUCUCUUUCCUCGAUUGCGGCUAG